GCCAAACAUGUCCAGUCGAAAUCCAGGGUUCUUCUAUCGAGGUUGACAACCGACGACUCCCCAGUAGCUCAAGACACCCUCGCUGAAUCGCGUAUCGCUCCUGGAAAACCAAUCCAACAUCGUCUUCGCCAACCAUCAACUUCUACCACCUCCUUCCUUCAGGCCCCGAUUUCAGAUUUCAUUUUCACGCCAUAUCAACACAACAGGAUACAUACCUCUCAGCUAUGGUUGUCGGUCGUAUUACACACUAUGCGUUCGAUCUUGCGUUGAUAUCAACCGUCCUUGCUGGAAUUAAGCGUAAUACUGGAUACAGCGUGAAACUGCAAGAGCUACCUGAAGGAGCUCCUCGAAGUUUUGCUUCUUCCUAUCUUCAAGCCGGGGAAAAAAUAUUUGAUUAUGUCUCAGCCUACUCCCACACCUCUGGAUACUUCCAUCGAGACGCAGCUGAAGGCCCCGGAAAGGCUUCAUGGGGUUGGGGUUCCAAGUAGGCAUGCGGCUCGGCUGCUUCGGAUGGCCAUCCACUAGUCAGACUCAGAUUGCUCCACUUGCGUUCUCGAGCCCUGAAUGUGUGAAUUUUUUCAUAUUCGAUUUUCAAGCUUUGUAUGAUUGUUUUACUUGCUUAGUUAGAUCAAUUUCCCAACGGAUACGCUAUAGCUUCUUUCUUUCUCAAAUUUGGCUUCGUAAACACCCAGCCUAGUGGCAUGAGAUCGCAUCUUUUUUUUUCAUCACAGCGCUUGUAUCGUUUCCGCAAGAUAUCAUUGAAAACCUCCGAUAGACUGACAUGUUCCGUAUCAAACCAAUCCUUACCAGGAAAGAUAAGGUUGCUAGUCAAGCAUAGG